CUCUUUAGUAUUAUUUGGUCAUUUUAAACUGUUUUAGCUAAGAUACAGAUACAGUACGCUCAGUCUCUCAUACACUUUAAUGGUCAUUUUCUUCCGCCAUAGUCCAAUACCAUUGCUUUAUUGCCUUCUUCCUUAAGCUAGUACCUUAAAAGUUUAAACUAUCUUUUCUUCUCUCUUCACACUUUUUUUCCUCCUUUUUUGGUUUUCACUUUCUCUCUCCUAGGGCAUACUUUCUGUGCUCUUUCUCUCUCCUCCUCCUCCAUUGCUGUUCGACUUCGAGCUCCGCCAUUUUUGUUUAUUAGCUUCAUGAUAGUUUAAUCUAUGAUUUAGUUUGAUUAAUUUACUCUGGGGUUUUGAAGUGAAUUUGGUUAAAUAUGUCGUCUUCUACGUCGAGAGGUGGAGGUUCCGAUCAACCGCCAACAAGGCGGUUGAUGAGGACACAGACGGCGGGGAAUAUUGGAGAAACGGCAUUUGACAGUGAGAUAGUUCCGUCAUCUCUUGUUGAGAUUGCUCCCAUUCUUCGUGUUGCUAAUGAAGUUGAAAAGCAUAAUCCUAGGGUAGCUUAUCUGUGUAGGUUUUAUGCUUUUGAGAAAGCUCAUCGAUUGGAUCCAACUUCCAGUGGUCGUGGUGUCCGGCAAUUCAAAACUGCACUUCUUCAAAGGCUAGAGAAGGAAAAUGAUCCAACAUUAAAGGGAAGAGUUAAAAAGAGUGAUGCACGCGAAAUGCAAAGUUUUUAUCAGCAUUACUACAAGAAAUAUAUUCAAGCUUUGCAAAAUGCAGCUGAUAAGGCUGACCGUGCUCAGCUCACUAAGGCAUAUCAGACUGCUAAUGUGCUGUUUGAGGUAUUAAAAGCUGUGAACUUGACACAGUCCAUGGAAGUUGACCGCGAGAUCUUAGAUACACACAAUAAAGUAGCGGAGAAAACUGAAAUCUAUGCCCCAUACAAUAUCCUUCCUCUUGAUCCAGAUAGUGCAAAUCAGGCAAUUAUGAGAUACCCAGAGAUACAAGCUUCAAUGGCUGCCCUUCGUAACACUAGAGGCCUUCCUUGGCCCAAGGAUUACAAGAAAAAGCAAGAUGAGGACAUUUUGGACUGGCUCCAGGCAAUGUUUGGUUUUCAGAAAGACAACGUGGCAAACCAAAGAGAGCACCUCAUUUUGUUGCUUGCCAAUGUUCAUAUACGACAAUUUCCAAAGCCUGAUCAACAACCAAAGUUGGAUGAACGUGCAUUGACAGAAGUGAUGAAAAAGCUUUUCAAGAGCUAUAAGAAAUGGUGCAAGUACUUGGACCGCAAGAGUAGUCUCUGGCUGCCGACAAUACAACAAGAAGUACAACAACGUAAACUAUUGUAUAUGGGCCUAUAUCUUCUUAUAUGGGGUGAAGCUGCAAAUCUGAGAUUCAUGCCUGAGUGUCUAUGCUACAUCUAUCACCAUAUGGCUUUUGAACUUUAUGGCAUGCUUGCUGGCAAUGUCAGUCCACAGACAGGAGAGAAUGUAACUCCUGCUUAUGGUGGUGAAGAAGAGAUCUUUUUAAACAAAGUCGUAAACCCCAUUUAUGAAGUUAUAAGAGUGGAAGCUGAAAAGAGCAUGAAAGGAAAAUCUAAGCAUUCACAAUGGAGAAACUAUGAUGAUUUGAAUGAAUACUUUUGGUCAGUUGAUUGUUUCCGAUUGGGUUGGCCAAUGAGAACAGAUGCAGACUUCUUUAGUAAUCCUGGUAAAGUGCUGAGCCAGGAUAGAAAUGCAGAGGGAAAACCUUUCUACGGGGAUCGGUGGACUGGAAAGGUUAACUUUGUUGAGAUUCGAACGUAUUGGCAUGUCUUCAGAAGCUUUGACCGAAUGUGGAGUUUUUUUAUUUUGGCUUUGCAGGCAAUGAUCAUCGUGGCGUGGAAUGGCACUGGCGACCCCAGUGCAAUUUUUGAAAUAAGUGUUUUCAAAAAUGUAUUAAGCAUUUUCAUAACAGCUUCGAUAAUAAAGCUUGGGCAAGCUUCCCUGGAUGUGGUUCUUGGUUGGAAAGCUAGAGGAACCAUGCCGUUUUAUGUUAAGCUAAGGUACAUUUUCAAGGUUGUCUCAGCUGCUGCAUGGGUGGUAAUCUUGCCAGUGACCUAUGCUUAUUCAUGGGAAAAUCCUCCUCCGGGACUCGCACAAACUAUUAAAAAUUGGUUUGGCAGCAAUGCACACUCUCCUUCCCUUUUUUUCUUGGCUGUUGUCCUCUACCUAUCUCCAAAUAUGCUCUCCACCAUGCUAUUUCUCUUUCCUUUUAUACGUUCUGCCCUUGAGAGAUCAAACUACAAGAUUGUGAUGCUGAUGAUGUGGUGGUCACAGCCGCGACUUUUUGUUGGGAGGGGAAUGCAUGAAAGUCCUUUUUCUCUUUUCAAGUACACAAUGUUUUGGGUUCUCCUGAUAAUUACGAAGUUGGCUUUCAGCUACUAUAUAGAGAUAAAGCCUUUAGUCAGUCCAACAAAAGAUAUCAUGUCAGUUCGAAUAGGAAAGUUCAAAUGGCAUGAGUUUUUCCCUCAAGCCCGUAACAAUAUUGGUGCUGUAAUUGCGCUUUGGGCCCCAAUCAUUCUUGUCUACUUUAUGGAUACCCAAAUCUGGUAUGCGAUAUUCUCCACAUUGUUCGGCGGUAUAUAUGGUGCAUUCCGUCGUCUUGGAGAGAUCCGUACUUUGGGCAUGUUGAGAUCCCGGUUUCAAUCAUUACCUGGUGCUUUCAAUGCACGUCUUGUUCCAAAGGAGCAACCUGAACAUAAGAAGAAAGGGUUGAAGGCCACCUUCUCUCGACGUUUUCCUAAUAUGUCGUCUAACAAAGAGAAAGAAGCUGCCCGGUUUGCUCAAUUGUGGAACCAGAUUAUCACUAGUUUUAGAGAUGAAGAUCUCAUAAGUAACAGGGAAAUGGACUUGUUGCUUGUUCCAUACUGGGCUGAUCGUGAUUUAGACCUUGUACAAUGGCCUCCUUUCUUACUUGCGAGCAAGAUUCCUAUAGCUCUAGAUAUGGCAAAGGACAGCAAUGGUAAAGACGGGGAGUUGAUAAAAAGAAUUAAUGCUGAUAGUUAUAUGAAAUGUGCUGUCCACGAGUGCUAUGCUUCUUUCAAAAGUGUUAUUAACAUCAUGGUUCAAGGACCUCGUGAGAAAACAAUUAUUGAGAACAUAUUCAAUGAGGUUGAGAAACAUAUAGACGAAGGUGAUCUGGUGACUGAGUACAAGAUGAGUGCUCUUCCUAGCUUGUAUGAUCAUUUUGUCAAGCUCAUGAACUGUUUGUUGGACAACAAAAAGGACGAUAAAGAUAAAGUUGUGCUUUAUUUCCAGGAUAUGCUGGAGGUGGUGGUAAGUGAUAUAAUGGAGGAUAAUAGCGUGCUAGAAACUGGAGGUGGGUCAACAGAUGGGGGAGCAUCUGUUGAGCUAUUUGCGAGCGAAGGAGCUCUUAAUUUUCCUAUUGAACCACAAACAGAAGCAUGGAAGGAAAAGAUCAAACGGUUGUACCUGCUGCUUACUGUGAAGGAGUCUGCAAUGGAUGUCCCUUCAAAUUUAGAUGCUAGGCGCCGACUCUCUUUCUUUUCAAAUUCAUUAUUUAUGGAUAUGCCGCCUGCACCUAAAGUUCGAAACAUGCUUUCAUUCUCUGUCUUGACCCCUUACUAUACGGAAGAGGUUCUUUUCUCGCUACAAGAUCUGGAAAACCAAAACGAAGAUGGUGUAUCUAUCCUGUUCUACUUGCAAAAGAUUUUUCCAGAUGAAUGGGAUAACUUUUUAGAGCGUGUCAAAUGCACGGAUGAAGUAGAACUCAGAGACAAUGAAGAUCUGGAGGAAGAGUUGCGUCUUUGGGCAUCAUACAGAGGCCAAACUUUGACUCGUACUGUUAGAGGCAUGAUGUACUAUCGGAAGGCUCUUGAGCUUCAAGCCUUUCUUGAUAUGGCAAAUGAUAAAGUCUUAAUGGAAGGUUACAAGGCUCUUGAAUUGAACACUGAGGAGAAUUCACAGAGUGAAAGAGCGCUGUGUCAAGCUGUCGCUGAUAUGAAGUUUACAUACGUAGUAUCUUGCCAGCAAUAUGGAAUACAUAAAAGAGCUGGUGAUCAUCGUGCACAAGAUAUACUCAAGUUAAUGACAGCGUAUCCGUCACUUCGAGUGGCUUAUGUUGAUGAGCUUGAAGAGCGUGAUGCUAGCACCAACAAUAACAACAGCAAGAAGAACCAGAUAAAUAAGAUAUAUUAUUCCGUUCUUGUGAAAGCAGCUUUACCAACAUCUACUAAAUCAAACGAGCCUGGGCAAAACCUAGAUCAGGUCAUCUAUCGGAUAAAACUCCCAGGACCCCCUAUCCUAGGUGAAGGGAAGCCUGAGAAUCAGAAUCACGCGAUAAUUUUCACUCGCGGAGAAGGAUUGCAAACAAUAGACAUGAAUCAGGAUAACUACAUGGAAGAAGCUUUGAAAAUGAGAAAUCUGCUUCAAGAAUUUCUGAAAAAACAUGGUGGAGUAAGAUAUCCUACAAUUCUCGGACUUAGAGAGCAUAUAUUCACUGGAAGUGUUUCAUCUCUUGCAUGGUUCAUGUCUAAUCAGGAGACAAGUUUUGUCACCAUUGGUCAAAGAUUGCUAGCAAACCCAUUGAAGGUUCGCUUCCACUAUGGUCAUCCAGAUGUCUUUGAUAGGCUGUUUCAUCUUACAAGAGGGGGUGUCAGUAAAGCUUCCAAGGUUAUCAACUUAAGUGAAGAUAUAUUUGCUGGAUUUAAUUCUACUCUUCGUGGAGGAAACGUCACACAUCAUGAGUACAUUCAGGUAGGGAAAGGAAGAGAUGUGGGCCUUAACCAGAUUUCAAUGUUUGAGGCGAAAAUAGCUAAUGGAAAUGGAGAGCAGACUCUUAGUCGUGAUAUAUACAGACUUGGACAUCGUUUCGACUUCUUCCGAAUGUUGUCUUGUUAUUUCACUACAAUUGGUUUCUACUUCAGCACCUUGAUUACUGUGCUCACUGUGUAUAUAUUCUUAUAUGGACGUCUAUAUCUUGUGCUAAGUGGCCUUGAGGAACAAUUGAACAACCAACGCCGAUUUCGGAAUAAUAAGCCACUUCAAGUUGCUCUUGCUUCUCAGUCAUUUGUUCAAAUUGGGUUUUUGAUGGCAUUGCCUAUGUUAAUGGAAAUUGGAUUAGAAAAAGGUUUUCGAACUGCUUUAAGUGAGUUUGUAUUGAUGCAACUGCAACUUGCUCCAGUAUUCUUUACAUUCUCUCUGGCAACCAAGACUCACUACUACGGGAGGACAUUGCUUCAUGGAGGUGCAAAAUAUAGGCCUACUGGUCGAGGUUUUGUUGUCUUUCAUGCUAAAUUUGCAGACAACUAUAGGCUCUACUCUCGGAGCCAUUUUGUGAAAGGAAUUGAGCUUAUGAUUUUACUCAUUGUAUAUGAGAUUUUCGGUGAACCAUACAGAAGUCCAGUUGCUUAUAUAUUGAUUACUGUAUCAAUGUGGUUUAUGGUGGGCACCUGGUUAUUUGCUCCCUUCCUUUUCAACCCCUCCGGCUUCGAAUGGCAAAAAAUAGUUGAUGAUUGGACAGACUGGAACAAAUGGAUGAGCAACAGAGGUGGGAUCGGUGUGCCUUCAGAAAAGAGUUGGGAGUCAUGGUGGGAAGAAGAGCAAGAGCAUCUUCGCCAUUCUGGUAUUCGUGGAAUCGUUGCUGAGAUACUACUAUCUCUGCGAUUCUUCAUCUAUCAAUAUGGACUUGUGUACCACUUGAAAAUAACGAAAACAAACCAAAGUUUCUUAGUCUAUGGAUUGUCAUGGCUGGUGAUCGUGGUGGUAUUAUUUGUAAUGAAGACCGUUUCUGUUGGGCGUCGAAGAUUCAGUGCAGAUUUUCAGCUGGUGUUUCGGCUCAUUAAAGGGUUGAUUUUCCUGACAUUUGUGGCUAUACUGGUUACACUUAUUGUGCUACCAGGCAUGACAUUGAAAGAUAUCCUAGUUUGCAUUCUUGCUUUCAUGCCCACUGGUUGGGGUCUGCUUUUGAUCGCUCAGGCUCUCAAACCCGCUGUUAAACGAGCUGGGUUUUGGGGUUCAGUUAGGACACUUGCGCGUGGCUAUGAGAUUGUGAUGGGAUUGCUACUUUUCACUCCUGUGGCCUUCCUUGCCUGGUUCCCGUUUGUUUCUGAAUUUCAAACAAGAAUGUUGUUUAACCAAGCGUUCAGUAGAGGUCUGCAGAUUUCUCGUAUUGUUGGUGGACAUCGUAAAGAUCGUACAUCUCGGAACAAGGAUUGACCUUGAAAUAACUAUAAUCUUGUACGUCAUUUUUCUUAUUUGUUCUAUUUGUUAGAAUUUAUCUGCUUUGUCUUGAAUGGCUAGCUGGUGUGUGUUGUAAGUAAUGGGCGCACGGCUUCAUUUUUGGUAAUUUUAUUCCUGGCUUUGGUUACCAUUUACCAA